AUGGCACAGAGGAAAGGGGCAAUAAAGGAGGUCAUUUCUGAAGAGUCUUUACCUUUUAUACAGAAAAUCGCCUGCAUGCAGAUGAACCUCAGCGAUGCUUAUUAUUUCUUGAGUGGUUAUUAUAUGGAUGAUGUGGCAGUGGCCGGUGUUGCAGCAUACAUUCAGGACCAGCCUGCACUGAAAUGGUAUCAUGCAAAAGAAUCCAUGAGAUACAUCAUAAGUAGAGGUAAUAAAGUCUGCCUUCCGGAUAUUCAGAGACCUCAACUAGACCACCAGAGAUGUAUUGACUGUUUAACAACUGUUCUAUGUAUGGAAAAAGAAUUAACUGAGGUCCUGCGACGUCUGUAUGACACGGCCUUUAAUACUGGAGAUACCGAUCUAAUCUUUCCUACAAACCACGAAGCUCUGACAUUUGAGUCCAGUGCCUGCAGUGGGGAGGUGCCAGGUCACUGGUGUGUUGAAGACCGAAACCCAGUGAAGAAAUAG